AUGUUGUAUGAGACAACAAUUUGCAAAGAUCUUGGAGUUCCGGAAGAUUGUUACAAGCAUCUUUGCAAUCCAACUGUUUUACCGGACAUAUUGAAUCGUCAUAUUGUCUUUGAAAAACGAUUGAAUUGUGGGAGAUAUAUUGUACCGAUAACCAAAUGCUUAACACAAGGAAGAGAUGUAGGCACAUGCUGCUUAGAGGAGGAUCACCAAGAGAUGUACAAGGAUUGUUACGGAAUGUGCAAUGGUACUGUAGACAACUAUGGAGACUAUUUGAGAGAAGAUUUUCUGAUGUGUUUUGUUUCAAACGUUCCCACUAUAUUUCCUUGUCUCUUGGAAGGCUAUAAAUACUCACCUACUCCUCCUCGUAACUUAGAGCUAGUUUCCAAAACCAAUCACUCUGCUAAAUUUAUAUGGGAUGAGCCAGCUGAGUUUGCUGAUUCAUUGGACCACUACAGAAUUCACCUAACCCAACGAACCGGGCAAUAUGGAACAGGGAAAUACUUUAUCACAAAAGAAAGGAACUUCACGUUGGAAGGAUUGAUCUCUAACUUUGCGUAUACGGUUCACGUGGUUGCUCAUGCCGGAGAAUACAAGAAUAACUCUGAUUGGUACAAAUCGGGCGUCUCGAAUUUGGUAUUAUUCAAUAUAGGACCACAACUGGCAGUUUCAAAAAAUGAGCUUCUGAUGCCCAACAGCACAAAAACAGUGAUUUUAUUUUGCCAGUUAAAACUAAUCUCCUAUGCUGAAAGAUCUCUCGAAUGGGUCAAAACGAUAGGAGACGAAACGAUAGUCUUAGAGUCUACUGAAAAGUAUUCCAUAAAAAUUUACCAACCGGAACAUCGCCUUUUAAAAGACACCAUUUUAUCUGCCUUAAAAAUCAAUGACUUCGAUGAAAACGAUUUUGGAUCUUAUCGCUGCUAUAUCAAAAAUACCAGAAUCGAAUACUACGAAACAAAUGUGACUUUGUGGGAUCAUAGUGAGCAAACACCGGCUACAAAUCCUCCUGAGACACUACUGGAAUGUUGCUCAAAAAAUGUUGAAAAGGAACAUUGCCGAACGAUUUGUACGAAAGGGGUCGCAAAUAAGAAAGCUAUGAUAAGGCCAGAACAUAUCAUUCCACCAUUUCAUAGCUGCAAGGAAGAAUUGAAUCAACUUCUCAAAUGCACUCAUGAUGGUCUUAAUGCUGUGCCCUGUUGUGUUCAUCAUGAGUUACCGUAUUCUUGCCUAGGACUAUGCAAUGAGCAGUUUCCUAUGGAAAAGAGAGAUGUAAGAUGGUUUUGUAAAGAUCAUUAUAAGACGAUCUAUAAAUGCAAAUUAGAGGCGAUGGACAAUACACCGGAAGGUUUAGGAGAUGUAAGGCCAUUGCACAUUUGGGGAUGGACAUUUCGAUUUUCCUGGGAUAAGGUUGAAGGCGCAAAAGUAUAUCACGUCUACACUAGGAGAAAGGAAGGAAAAUGGAAAGUUCGCGUUACCCUGGACAACACUGUAGACGUAACACGUCAAGAUGAGGCUGUCAUAAUAGCUGUGAAUGAAUUUGGUCAAUCUCUUCCAUAUCGCCUCUACUAUGAUAUCAAUGGCUGGGAACCUGUUGAUCAUUGGUGA